AGUCAAAAUAAAUUGAGAUUCUGGUUGCACGAUUUUGAAUAUUUGUAAAAGUGCUAAGUUUUUUCGAAGAGCUUUGCUGGGCCACACAAUCCAUUGUUAUUGAUCAGUUUCACCGUUGCCUGCGUCGUUUUCUUUGGCCCCACCAUGUUGAUUAAUUGAACCAAUGAAAUUUCUCCGUGUUCAUUGACCCCACCAUGUUGUAUAAUUGAACCCAACCACCAGCAGACGACUUUCAUAUAUACAUAAUACCAGUCAAUCUCACUUGCAUUCAUCCCCCUUAUAUCUUGGCUCUUGCUUCCUGUCUUACGAAAAAGAUAACAAUGGCUAUCGUCGAAGUUUUUCUAGGUGCAAUUCUCACCGUUUUGCUUGAAAAGCUGGCCUCUGGUGAGCUACUGAAAUUUCUGCGUCAUGUAGGAAUCGACGCCCAGCUGGUAGAAUUGAAGACAACUUUGAUGAGGAUCCAGGCUGUGCUUACUGAUGCUGAAAACAAGCAAACAACGGACAAACAUGUGAAAGAGUGGCUAAAUGAUCUGGAAGAUUUGGCUCAUGAUCUUGAAGACUUAGUGGAUGAGUUGAAUACUGAAGCUUUGCAGCGCAAAUUAAAGGAAAAUAAAGGCAGCACCAGUAAGGUAAAAAGGCUCGUCCCCACUUGUUGUACUAAUCUUUCUUUCACUGAUUUCAUGUCUGAUCGCGGGAUUGCUUCCAAGCUAAAAGAGAUUAGUGGCCGGUUGAAAUUUCUGGAAGAACAGAAAAAAAUUCUCAAUUUGGUGGAAAAUGUAAUGGGAAGGUCUUAUAGGAGAUUGCCAACAACUUCGCUUGUGGUAAAAUCGAAAGUUUAUGGAAGAGAGAAUGACAAGGAGGAAAUACUGAAAAUCUUAUUUGGUGUUGAAUCAAAUGAUAGUCAAAUAUCCGUGAUUCCAAUUGUGGGCAUGGGAGGUAUCGGCAAAACAACUCUGGUCCAACUUGUGUAUAAUGAUGAAAGAUUGAAGGACAAGUUUGAUCUUAAGGGAUGGGCUUGCGUUUCAGAUGAAUUUGAUGCUGUAAGAGUAACAAAAAACAUUCUUGAGUCAGUUUCUUCUGGUGGAAAGUGUGAUUAUGAAAAUUUUGACACGCUUCAGAACAAACUAAAGGAGAGCCUUUCAAACAAGAAAUUUCUAGUAGUUUUAGAUGAUAUUUGGAAUGAAAAUUACGGAGAUUGGGAGGACCUAAGCAAACCUUUUCUUGCUGGAAAACCUGGAAGCACAAUCAUCAUUACCACUCGACAAGAAAGGGUGGCCAAAAUCAUGUCUGAAAUUCCAGCAUACAAUUUGGAUCUGUUAUCAGAGGGCGAUGCUUUAUCAUUGCUAGCUCAACAUGCAUUUGGAGCUAAAACUUUUGACGGUCAUCCAGAUUUAAUAGAGAUUGGUCAGUCUAUGGUAAAAAGAUGUAAGAGGUUGCCCCUGGCAGUAAAGGCCCUUGGGGGGCUUCUUCGCGUCAUGGCAGUUGGUCCUGAAGAUUGGGAAGAGGUGUUUUAAAGUGAGAUCUGGAUGAAUGAAGAAAAGAGUGAAAUUCUUCCUGCUCUAAAACUGAGUUAUCACCAUCUUCCUCCGGAAUUGAAAAGAUGCUUUGCUUACUGUGCUCUCUUUCCCAAGGACUAUGAAUUU